AUGGUGCUCACCGAGUACUCAUACGUCUUUGCCAUUGGCACCUUCUUCGCCCUCCUAGACGCCUACAACAAUGGCGCCAACGACGUCGCCAACGCCUGGGCAACCAGCGUGUCAUCCAGGUCAAUAACGUACCGACAAGCCAUGAUCUUCGGCACGGUGUUCGAAAUGCUCGGCGCCAUCACCGUCGGCGCCCGCACCGCCGAUACAAUCAAGAACGGGAUCAUCCCGAACGAGGCAUUCCAGGGGAACGCCGGCGUGCAGAUGCUUGCCUUUACGUGCGCGCUGGCCGCCGCCUCGUCGUGGGUUAUGUGGUGUACGCGGCACUCAGCGCAUGUUUCAUCGACGUAUUCACUCAUUUCCUCUGUUGCGGGCGUGGGUGUUGCGACUGUUGGAGCGUCGAAUGUGCAAUGGGGUUGGAACGGGGGACAGGGUCUUGGAGCGAUCUUCGCGGGUCUGGGAAUGGCGCCUGCCAUUGCGGCCUGUUUCGGCGCGAUUAUAUUCAUGUUGAUCAAGACUGUUGUCCAUAUGCGGCGGAACCCGGUCCCCUGGGCUGUGUGGGCGGCGCCGUUCUUCUUCCUUGUUGCCGCGACCGUUUGUACGCUGUCGAUUGUGUACAAGGGCUCGCCGAACUUGGGGCUCAAGGAUAAGGAGCCUUGGUAUAUUGCUGCUGUGACCAUGGGCACAGGAGGUGGUGUCUGUAUCCUCUCUGCGAUUUUCUUUGUCCCCUGGACACACGCCCAGGUUAUCAAGCGCGAUGCCUCUAUCAGGUGGUACCACGUCUUCCUGGGUCCAUUACUCUGGAGUCGUCCAUACCCAGCUGAUGCAGACCGCGCUGUCGCCGUCGUCCCUGACUAUGCUGUUGUCCAGCACGACACCGACACCGACAGCGACGUGAAGAAACUCGACGUUGCAGAUCUCGGCUCCCCCGAAACCCUCUGCGAAGACACCGUCCUCCCCAAAGCAGCCCAGAUCACCGAGAAAGGCCUCGGCGCCGCCGAAGCCCAAGUCGACUACAAGCAGCUCAUGGCCGAAGCGGAGGAGAAGUUCCACGCGAAGCUGCGCAAGGGCCGGGGCCCACUGGCAUGGGCGCUGCGCGUGCUGCACGAGAACCCGCUAGGCGCGGGCGAGAUCUACGAGAUCCGGAACCUGAAGAUCCUGGCAAAGCGGAUCCCGUGCAUGAUCAUCGUGGGCGCGCUGUAUGGGCUGCAUUACGAUAUCCACGCGGCGCAGAGCGGGAUCCAUGGCACGCCCGAGGGGGAUCGCAUGGAGCGGGUGUAUUCCUGUGCGAAGAAGUACCCGAAUGAGGUGGAGCAUACGUUUUCGUUUAUCCAGGUGUUGACGGCGUGUACGGCGAGCUUUGCGCACGGGGCGAAUGAUAUUGGGAACUCGGUUGGGCCGUGGGCUGUGCUGUAUGGGGCGUGGAAGACGGGCAGUGCGGCGGAGUCCGAGGCGGAUGUUGCUGUGUGGCAGCUGGCGGUUCUCUCGGCGACCAUCUCGGUUGGGCUUAUUACGUAUGGGUAUAAUAUCAUGAAGGGUAUGUCCUCGAUCUCUAUAUUAUAUCAUGGUCAGAACUAA